AUGAUGGAGUCGUACGCCGCGUCCCCCAAGGACGGCGGCGGGGGCGGCGCCGAGGGCGGCCGCGCCGACGCUGCCACCGGCCUGGAAGAGUCGAUGUGGAGGCUGGGGCUGGCCGGCGGAGAGGAGGCCGCCGGGGAGGGGCUGCCGGAACGGCCCGGCGAGGCCAACUGCGUCUACUACCUCCGCACGGGGGCCUGCGGCUACGGGGAGACUUGCCGCUACAACCACCCUCGCGAUCGCGCUGCCGCGUUUGAUGGAGGGACAAGGACCGCACGCACAGUGGAGUAUCCAGAACGCCCAGGUCAGCCACCGUGUGAGUACUACAUGAAGAAUGGGACUUGUAAGUUUGGCUCUAAUUGCAAGUAUAAUCAUCCCAGAGAAGGCGGUUCUGUACAACCAGUUGUCUUAAAUUCCUGUGGUUACCCUCUGCGUCUGGGUGAGAAAGAGUGUUCCUACUAUAUCAAAACUGGCCAUUGCAAAUUUGGAUCAACAUGUAAAUUUCAUCACCCAGAAGGGCCAGAACAUGGUGUUGUUUCAGAGACACCAAACAUGUAUCCACCAGUUCAACAACUGCCUGUCUCUUCCCCUCUUCCAUAUCCACCUCUAGCCAGUUGGCAAUUGGGGAGGCCUUCUGUUCUGCCCGGAUCAUUUUUCCCGGGCUCUUAUCCUCCAAUGAUGCACCCAUCUGCAGUCAUGCCAAUGCAGGGAUGGAACCCUUACAUGCCACCUAUCAACCAAGUCGCGUCAGCUGGGGGACAGCAAACUGUUCAGGCAGGAUCAUUGUAUGGCUUAUCACACCAAGGACCUCCAUCUGCAGUUGCUUAUGGCAGUAAUUAUGCAUCGUUGUCUUCUUCAACAUGGCCUUCAAUUGACAAACAAGAAGUUGUCUUUCCAGAGCGGCCUGGGCAGCCUGAAUGCCACCACUACAUGAAGACAGGGACCUGUAAAUUUGGAUCCACAUGUAAAUACAAUCAUCCUCAGUACCUGAGUACACCUAGGUCCAACUAUAUGCUGAGCCCUCUAGGUCUUCCAAUUCGGCCGGGUGCCCAGCCAUGUCUUUACUAUUCACAGCAUGGGUUUUGCAAAUUCGGUCCCGGAUGCAAAUUUGAUCACCCACUGGGUGCUCUGAGCUACAGUCCUUCAGCAUCAUCGCUUGGUGACGUGCCUAUCGCUCCAUAUCCUCUCAGUCUCCCUGUUGCUCCUAUGGCCCCAUCUCCAUCAUCUUCUGGUCUACGGCCAGAUUACAUUCUGGCCAAGGACUCCUCAGCAAAUCAGCCAGCGUCACCUGGAACUACAUUUGGAAAUGCUGGACAGUUGUCAAAAAUUUAUGCUCCACACAUGCUUCUCCGUCCUCCAACUUCUGCAACCGGUGCCACUGUCACCAUCCAUGGUGGAGAGUUCUGA